AUGGUUUUGUAUGAAUCGUAUAUAGCCUUAAAUAAACAUAUAAAAAAAGAAGACGUGAAGAAUUUAAUGAAAAAUUUUAAUUUUAUAGUAAAUAAAUAUAAUGGUAAUAUAAUAAAUAUAAAUGAUUUAGGUUGGAGAAAAUUUGCCUUUUGUAUAAAAAAGCCGAAAGUAGGUACAUUCCAUUUUGCUAGAUUUUAUUGUAUUACAUUUUAUUCUAAUAGUAAGAGCAUUAAAGAUUUAAAUGAAUUUUUUCAUAGUAAUACUUUUAUUUUAAGAUUUUUAAAUGUUAAAAUGAAAUAUAGAUCAAAUUUUUUGGUUGCACCUUUUUCUCAUAUAAAUGAGUAG